AUGUCCACGCUAGCGAAAACCUACGUGGCCUGCUGCCUACUACUCCUACAAGAUCCGGGCUCUCCCUUGGUUCCUCAUGAUGUGAGUGACUUUGUGCUGGUGCUUGAUACUUUAGACCUUUCACUGGCCAACUUGGCUCUUCUGAUUGUGCUUCUUGCCCGCUACAAACGGAAUGAUGUUAAUACGCUUGUGCUAGGCGACACUUCGGCUUUGAAUACAGCUUACUAUGCCAUGAUCGGUUCUCUUGUCUUGGCUAACAAGUAUAUGAACGAUCAGAGUUAUACGCUCAAAACAUGGCAUUCCAUCUUGGCCAAGUGCUCCCAUCUUGCUCCUACGCUCCCGCUUUUGAACCAGCUUGAAGCUCAUUUCUUGAGUGCCAUUAACUACUCGGUUGGUACUGCCCAUGAACCUUCCUUGUGGGAUAAGUUUUCCCAUUUGGAUCCAUACUGGCUUUCCCAAUUACGUGCUCAGGUUGAGGAUGGUCCCGUUGCUGCUCCACUUCCUCAGUCUGUUCCUCAGGUACCUGCCCAGGUCGCUCCCCCAGUCGCUGCUGCUGCUGCUGCUCCUCAGGUUGGCCCCAUGCCUACUCCACCAUCGGUUCCUACAUUCCAGCCUUUUGCUCCUUUGGUGGCCAUGGCCCCUGUGGUUCUGCCAGCAUACUGUUUAGGUCAACUGUUACAGCCUCAUUUGCAUUGCACGCCAGUGCCCACGCCUCCUACUGUUCCUCCACCAUUGCCUCGCCAGAUGUACAACCAGUGCCAGUUCCAGGCGCUCGAUGACUACGUGCCAAUGACACCUAUGCUGGUGGGCCGCAAGCGUCGGAAGGUAGACGACUACAGCAUUAGCAUUAACGUGGGCCAGCCAUGGUACCCUGCUCCUAUGGGCGCCCAGGCUCUCCACAAGCAUUACUGA